AUGUUUGUAAAACCGUUGAUUAUCUUGGUGUUAGUUGGUCAAUCCUUGUGUUACAGCUGGAGCGAAGAGGCCAAGAAUUUUAAUAAUCUUUGUAGAAAAGUAAACCGUGCCUAUCAAGUAAAUAAGCUUGAUUUCUCCGAGAUUAAUGACAGGUUGGACACCUGUCUUAAUGCACACAUCAACGAGUCUGGCCUAAAGUCAUAUGUCCUAAAACCUUUGACAGAAAAAUCCUAUAACAUCAAUAAUGCAUAUAAAAACACUUUCCAACAAGUAAGUUGUACUGUGGACAACUUCCACAAUUUCAUUUAUUGUAUGGAAAGACUGUUAAAAUGAUAUAUUCAAUUUUAUUGACCAUGGAAUGGGUUAAAUAAAUUGUUUUUACAUAUAUGAG